ACUGAAUACAGUUGUGAAAAGAUAAACAAUAAUAAUUUAUACUAUGGAACCUUUAUGAAGUCAAAAUGUCCGUCAAAGUGGGACAACCAAGCUGUAAGAAAAGCUUGCGAACAAAGCGUUAGCACUGACUUCUUGAUCGACAAUCCAGUCACAGCUAACUUGUCAGGUAUUACGUAUCGUAACAGAUAUUGUGCUCUUUGCAAUAGUGAUACUGAUAAGCUAGUAAUAUGGGACUCUAAACUUGUUUGUGAUGAUUUAUCCAUAGUAGACGGAAUUGCCGAAUCUUAUCAGCAACUUUCCAAUGGAAAUUGGUCGGUAAAGUAUAAAAAUGAAACAUAUAAUUGCUUACUUCAAGUAGAAGCUCCAUUUCCAGUCCGAUAUUGUAAUUCUGACAUGAUUAGAAAAUGUCACCCGAUGUGGCCUGCAGGAGAAAUUAAGUCUAAUUGCGAAGCAUACACAACGAUAGUAGUUGAUAGGGAAAGCCAAAUUUUUUACAAAAAUAUUCACUGUGCCAUGUGUAACCACAUACCGGUACAAAAUUUAACCUGUUCGUCACUUUUAAAUUCACGAUUCAAUAUACCUCAUAGUUUUGGGUCAUUGUUCUUAACUGAGCCUGGUCCUAAAAGAUGCUGGAAUGAUGAAUAUUUUUACGAUCCAUUUAAAAAAAGUUGUUUUCCACUCGUGCCACAUAUUUCACAGCCACUCAAUUGUUCUAAAGUGGCUAUUAUUUCCAAUGUGACAAACGGCUGGUUACCAAAAAAUGGCACCGUUGAUUAUUUUUUAUUUGACAACGGAACAUUAAUGGUUUGUGCUGAAGAUUUAAUCGGUCAAGAAGAACCCUCGGAAUCACUAAAGUCAAUUAUAUUGACUUACGUUGGUCUAGGAGUAUCUAUCGUGUUCCUUGUCAUACAUUUAGCUGUAUUUACCGUGUUGCCAGAGAUGAAAAAUCUGUCUGGAAAGAAUUUAGCUUCGUAUUGUGUAUCCCUCAUAUUCGCGUACGCUGCUUUUGUCACUGGGAAUUGGCUUACCGGAGCUGCUUGCUACGUAAACGCAACCAUCACGUAUUACUUAUUCCUUACAUCUUUUGCUUGGAUGUUAAUAAUGAGCUUUGACUGUUGGCGUACACUUCGGUUAGCCACUGUCGAGCUACGAGUAUCUUCUGGACGUCAAACAAAAAAAUUUCUCAUUUAUUCAGCGAUUUGCUGGCUAGUCCCGGCUAUGGUUGCGUUUGUAGCCAUAUUAUCUGACACUAUACCAAACGUACCCGAAAACCUGCGACCCAGGUUCGGGUCAGAACAAUGCUGGUUUGGCAGUAAAACGGCGCUUUUAGUAUUCUUUGCUGGACCAUUGGCAUUUAUCAUGGUAAUAAACUUCGUAUUAUUCCUAUGGACAUCGUACAUGAUACACACCAGUCGAUGUACAAGUCGUCACAUUACUACACGUCAUGUNACCAGUCGAUGUACAAGUCGUCACAUUACUACACGUCAUGUUCGUCGUGAUUUUCGCAUGUACUGUCGUAUGACUAUACUCAUGGGUCUUUCUUGGAGUGUUGGUUUGGCCAGUUACUAUUUUAAUAACNUGGAGUCUUUCACGUGCCGUCGCAGAUACCUGAAUUUACUUGUGGGCCCUAGUACUAACAAUGACGAUAAUAUUAAAAAGCACCAUAAGAUCAGUAUCCGACCUCCGCCUCCGUCAUUUUCUUGGUCGUCGUCUGGUGAUAACAGCGAGCCUAUUAGUUCAGAAAAAACUUCAUCAGAAACUCUUUAUUGA